AAAGAAGCGCGUGAGAAAUGUCCGCUCGUAAGAAGGUCGGUGCUCGUCGAAUAAAGGCGUAGCCAUUUUGAUUUUGACGAAUAUUGACAUACGUCUUGCAGUCUAGACAGAAAGUCAUUUGUUACUCGGGAAGUGACAUGUAAACAUUUGCAAAUUUGCUGUUAAAAAAUCGGGGCGGUCACAUGUUCAGCUGUAAACGGCCGUGAUCCGUUGGUCGAGUGUGCGUUCGCGUUGCCCCCCCAGCGGGAAGGCCGAUUUUGUUUUUUGUGGGAUACGGAGUGGCUUAAAAAAAACCUGUGUGCGGAUUAGAAUGAUCUGUGAACGACGAGGUGAAAAAUGCUGGAAAGUGUGGCAUCGCAACUAUCAAGUUUUCUGAUGGAAUGUAGAAUGAUAUGGAUUGUGGUGUACAAAGCGCAAUGCUAAGCGUUGCACCGGGAAGCGAUGCAGCAGCACAACAGCCCCUGUCUGCUGCAGCACUGUUCCCUACGUCAGAAGGCGAUCAGGCGCAGUUCGAGGCCGACAAGCGAGCUGUAUAUAAACACCCUCUAUUUCCACUACUCGCCUUACUCUUCGAACGUUGCGAACUAGCGACCCAAUCGUCCGACCCCCAAUCCAGCGAUGCGUUCAACAUGGACAUUCAGGCGUUCGUACAGCACCAGGAGCGCGACCGCAAGCCUUUUCUCGCUAACGAACCGGAAAUCGACGGACUGAUGAUUAAAGCAAUACAAGUUUUACGAAUUCACUUAUUGGAAUUGGAAAAGGUGCAGGAGCUCUGCAAGGACUUUUGUAAUCGGUACAUUACCUGCUUGAAGGGGAAGAUGCAGUCGGAAAAUUUACUGCGUUCUGAUUACCCGCAAGGACCUUCUGUGAUGAAUAAUAAUUUAGAGAGUAGUAAUAAUAACAAUAGUUUAAUGUCACACGCCAAUUCGGAGAGCGGCUCAGAUUCGAAUAGCCCAGUGCAAUAUACCAUAAGCCCCCAACAGGUUAUACCGACUCCGACGAGUGUCUUGGAGCGACAGUUGGACACGCCCACAAACUACGGGGUGCAAUCGUACGCCGUUCCUCCGCAGGCGAUACCUCCCCAGCCCGCUUGCGAAAAUAUUGUCGUGCACGGAUCGACGCCCCUCUCCCAGAUCGGUGUGACCGCUUGCCCGCCGCCUCCGAGCGACAGUUCCGGGCAGGUCUCUCCAGCGCCCACCACGCCCGGCGGAUCGGAGGAGUGCGACAGCGAUUUCACGUCGAGAGGUCGCAAACAGAAGCGGGGGGUGUUGCCGAAGCACGCGACCAGCGUCAUGCGCUCGUGGCUGUUCCAGCACCUUGUGCAUCCGUACCCGACGGAGGACGAGAAGCGCCACAUCGCCGCCCAGACGAACCUCACGCUGUUACAGGUGAACAAUUGGUUCAUAAAUGCGCGCCGGCGCAUCCUGCAGCCGAUGCUCGACGCGAGCGCGCCGAACGACAGCAGCGCGACGAGCUCGCCCGCCCACAAGAAGAAGAAGGUGCAGAACAACAACAGGCGAUUCUGGCCGCAGGACUUCGCGAGCAUGCAGCCUCAGAUCGACAGCGGCAUACUGUCCAGUUCCGAUGACGACGGCGACUCGUACAGCAGCGACGGCGAGGAGGGCAGUCUCGUCAUCGACUCGUCGGCGCAGGGCGGCGAGGUCAACCAGAACGGUCACCAACUCGAUCCGCUGGCGUUCGAUAACAGCCCCAAAUUAGAGAGGCCCUGAGGUAUUUCAUUUCACCCGUUAAGCCGUAGGCGAUGGUGCCAUAGCCGUAAGUGUAUACCUCCCGGGUCCGGAUUCGCGGACUCGGCCCGUUGUUACUUGAAGAUUUUAGACGUGCGCGCGCGCGUGUGUUCGGUUAUUGUUUACAGUUGUAUACGUUACUUGGAGGACGAGGUAAGAUAAGGCUGACGAAUGUUGUUUGUUUGUUUUUUGUUGUUAAAAUAGUAAACUUGUAUACGUAAAUGAAUACCUCAAUUUGAAUUAACACGACGUAAAUCUGAGCUGGAGAAACGGAACGGUCGCCGCUCGGGGGGCCGAUUCCUCUUUUCCAGGUUAGAAGUCGUACUACCUAUUACUAGUGUAUACGCAUUGAAAGAUGAAUCCAAGCUCAUUCCAGUAUUAAAGAAGAAAGUGUAAAUUUUAAUUAAUAAGUAAUACGUAAUAUGCCGCACCUUUUCCUGUGUAAUAAAUAAGCUGAGCUAAAGUGAACGGCGGCAGAUUAAAUUUUUAAGGUUAUGUUUUCGUAAGAUAUCUCUGCCGUUGCACGACAGCAUCGUGUGCAGUAUUAGAAUAGGGUUUUUUAUAAUUGCAAAAAGUUCAGAAGGUACUCUCGGGCUUUGGCACCUCAAAAACCAGAUUGCAACGGUGAUGACGCGCCCUUCUAUAUCUCGAUUAUGGUCAUGGCAAACCUGAACUAAGGCGAGAAGACCUUUUGAUCUUUGUUGAAGUAUACAUACAUGGAACUAAUAUACGUAAUUAUACAAUAAGUAUAUUAAGAUAGUCGUUUCCAUCCAUUAUAAGAGAGAAUGAAAACUUUUAUUAUCGUUGAGAAGUUCAUAAUCAGCGCAUAUUACUUUGUGCCAUCUUAAUCUUAUUCUAGUAUGACAUUGAUAAAGUAAAUUUUGAUAAAAAGUACAAAUAUUUUUAAAGCGCGCCCGCUCGCUUAAACUAUGAUUUGAAAGAUCUUCCUGUAUCAAUGUCAUCCGCUGCACGUAUACGUAAUUUUUAAGCGAUGUACAUAAUUUUUUAUAGUUGCUGCUGUAGACGUGAGAGAGGUCAAUUAAUUGACGACAGUAUCCGAUGUUCAAUAUCGGUUCGCGCCCGAUGCUACCCAUUGGACAUUUUGUGGUAUUAUGUUUUAGUUGCUAUGUCAGUCUGUGAUACUUAAACGAUUGCUCUAAAGAAAAAAAAGUCAUUACAAGAAGCGGUGUAGACGAUUUUUGCGAAAAAUUACUAGGACGGUCCCGGCCCCGGGACCGUUUGUUGCUUACAUUUUUGAAACAAAAAAAAGGAAGCUUCGUGUGACUACGUGUAUACGCUAAAUACUCAGAUAGUUUUUAAGGGUCUUAAAAAUUAGGAUUAGUUGAAAUUGAAAAUUUUUGCGUUGAUAUUUGCUGGCAUUGCUUAAACAACUAAUCUUUUGGUGAGUGUACCCGAUGAAAUUUUGUUUCUUCCCUCGUUUGCUUACCUACUAAUCGAUCCCAUUUACUAACUAGGAGUUUUUAGGCUAAAUUGUUAAAAAAUCGAAGCAAUCAUUUCAGCAAUGGUAGCAAAUAGUGUAUUUUUUAUGAUUAAAUAACUGUUGGUAACCUACGUGUAACUUUGAUUGUAUCAUUAAUAAAUGAACUUAUUAAAAAAAAGCUUGAGCGUUUGCCACGUCUGCAAAUUACCGACGCA